AUGUCAGACUUUGAAAAAUCCAUUCCCGGAAGCUCGGUUACUCACCGUACCAAUAACGAAAAGAUCUCUGAAACGCAUUAUGUUUAUCACGAUGAAGAGUCUAACAAAGAGAAAAGUACUGAAGUGGAAAGAGCCUUGAAAGCAAGACAUAUUUCCAUGUUGGCCAUUGGUGGUACCAUUGGUACUGGGUUGUUUAUUUCUACCGGUAAUACCAUUGCCGUUGCCGGUCCAGCAUCAUCAUUAAUGUCCUACUUAUUCUUUACAACAAUUGCAUAUUUUGUCACUCAAGGUUUAGGUGAAAUGGCUACGUUGAUUCCAGUUUCUGGUUCCUUUACCCAGUUUGUAGCUCGUUGGUUAUCGCCUGCUUUAGGUGCUGCCAACGGUUGGAAUUAUUGGUUCUCCUGGGGUAUUACUUUUGCCUUGGAAUUAUCCGUUGUUGGUCAGGUUAUUGAAUACUGGACUUUUGCCGUACCUCUUGCCGCUUGGAUUCUGAUCUUUUUCGUUAUCUUGACUGCUUUUAACUUCUUCCCUGUUAAGUACUAUGGUGAAGUUGAAUUCUGGAUUGCAUUCAUGAAAGUUAUUGCUGUUGCCGGUUGGAUUAUUUAUGCCUUCAUCAUGGUUGUUGGUGGUGGUAAAGGUGGUCCAGUUGGUUUCAGAUAUUGGAGAAACCCAGGUGCUUUUGGUCCUGGUAUUCAUUCUAGUAAUAAAACCACUGGUCAAUUCUUAGGUUGGCUUAGUUCCUUGAUUUCUGCUGCAUUCACUUUCCAAGGUUGUGAAUUGGUUGGUUUAUCUUGUGGUGAAGCUAAGAACCCAAGAAAGACUGUUCCAUCUGCCAUUAGAAAAGUGUUGAUCAGAAUCUUAUUAUUUUAUGUUUUGUCCAUCUUCUUUAUAGGUUUAUUGGUCCCUUGGGAUGAUCCAAGGUUACCCUACAACGGUGAAGCUGAUUCUACUCAAAAUGCUGCUUCUUCUCCCUUUGUCAUUGCCAUGCUUAACUCAGGUACAAAAAUUUUACCUGAUAUCUUUAAUGCCGUCAUUUUAAUCACCAUUAUCUCCGCUGGUAAUUCUAAUAUUUAUUCCGGUUCCCGUAUUCUUUAUGGGUUAGCUCAAGCUGGUAUUGCACCUAAAUUCUUUAUGAUCACCAACAGAUGGGGAGUUCCAUACUAUGCUGUGGUGUGUACUUCUAUUUUGGGUUCCUUGGGUUACCUUGCUGUUUCCUCUAGUGGACUGAAUGCUUUUAACUGGUUAUUGAACAUUACUGCUUUAGCCGGUUUGAUUGCUUGGCUUUUCAUCUCCUUGGCACACAUAAGAUUUAUGAAUAUCUUGAAAUCUAGAAACAUCUCCAGAGACUCUUUACCCUUUAAGGCCAAAUUUAUGCCUUAUGGAUCUUAUUACUGUGCUAUUGUUGUUUUCGUUCUUAUCUUUAUUCAAGGGUAUGAAGCCUUUUACAGUAUUACGGCGACAUCCUUUUUCACUUCUUAUGUGUCAUUGAUCAUUUUCGUUGUGUGUUGGUUGAUUUUCCAUAUCAUGUACAAUGGAUUAAACUUUUCUUGGGAUAAGUUGAUUGUUCCAAUAGAUCAAUGUGAUAUUGAUUCUGGUGUUAGAGAAGCUGAUGAUGAAGUUUGGGAAGAGUCUGUUCCUACUACUUUAUGGGAGAAGUUCUGGGCUAUCAUCAACUAG